UUUUCUUUUGAUUCGUACUAGUCAAUCUCAUCUUGUUGCCCUGUGGCCGGGGUGACUAAAUUCCAAACUAGGCUCAUUCAUGCAUGACUGGAAACUUACAUGAACAAUCCAUCCCGCACCUUGUGAAGAGAAAUUUCUAUAAAUAUCAGCACAAGAUCACAGUAGCUUUUGCAGAAAGAAAACCAACAGAUGGCCGAGGUGAAGUUGUUUGGGUUCUGGGCGAGCCCUUUUACCAUCAGAGUCUUAUGGGCUUUGAAGCUCAAACAAGUUGCGUUCGACGAGUGCGUGGAAGAAGAUCUUGUGAACUAUAGUUCCACGCUUUUGCAAUACAGUCAUGCUCAAAAGAGGACUCCAAUUCUAUUCCAUCAGGGAAGACCGAUUGCCGAGUCACUUGUUAUUCUUGAGUAUAUCGAUGAGACAUGGAAGCAGAAGGCACUCCUUCCACAAGACACCUAUGACAGGGCCAAAGCGCGUUUCUGGGCCAAAUUCGUAGAUGAUAAGUGCAUGCCGACAAUUAUGAGUGUGAUCACUAAGAAAGGAGAGGAUCAACAGAGGGCUGCAAAAGAAGCUCAACAAAAUUUGAAGAUCCUGGAAGGAGGAUUGGAGAGGAAGCCAUUCUUUGGAGGCGACACUAUCAAUAUUGUGGACAUCGCUGCUGGCUCGAUGUGGUGUUGUGUAAGAGCGGUGGAAGUACACAUAGGGAUAAACCUUGUCGAUGCAGAGGACAUGUCUUUGCUCAAUUCUUGGUUUCAGAGCUUCAUCGAUCUACCGAUUAUCAAGGAACGUGCACCCCUCUGGGACGCAAUUCUAGAGCACAAGGAAGGCCUGCAAAAGAUGUUGAUGGCUCUAUCCACAUGAAUGUUUGUCCAUGCUACCAUUUCUGGCCUCCAGAAGACGAUAGCUCUAUGAACAUGUUUAUUUAGUGUUCCCUAUUAUGGUCUUGAUAUGGUUAUAUUUCAACUGUCAAUCAAGAAAGCUUUAUGUAUUGAAAGUAAAAGAAUAAAACCAAAUAACAUGUUUUUGCUCUACAAAA